UUACAUGUUGCGGCCUUUUGCUAUUAACUGGAAAAUUCCAGCUUUUAGCUUCCAUAAGUUUUAGUGAAUAAGUGUUAAAGAGAUACAUAUUAGGGAAGUUUCUUUCAUAGAUGCAUGACCUUAAUGAAUAGCUCAUAAGGGCAGAGGGUGUUCUAUUUUUCUGACAACAUGUUUCAUGGCAUUGGAUUAAUAUAAGAAUAUGUCAUCAUCCACGACAAUUUGUGCUUCUUCCUCUUUUUCCAAAGAAAAUCUGGGUCAUCCAUUAUGCUUCUGUGAGAUUGAAGCCCAACUGAGAUUCUCAAAUACUCAAAAUAAUCCAGGACGUCCCUUUUUAAGUUGCCCAAAGUACAACAAAGAGGGCUUACCAUAUUGUAAGUAUUUCAAAUGGGUAGAGGGCCAUGAAUACAAGAUGUCAGACCGUCCAGAAAAUGACACUAAAUUUUGCUGCAAGGAGAAAGAGCUGAAGAUGUUAGUGAAUGAUAUAGAAAAGCUCGUUAUUGAUUUGCGUAAAAGAGUAGACGAAUUUGAGUUCGUACUAUCCAAUAGAAAUGAGGAGUUAUUGAAGGAGUUGGUGGCUGUUGUCCGUGAAGCUGAAGUUAGACGUGCACGCACAUUAGUCCGUGGGUUUUGGGCUUUAGCCUUUGUUGUAGCAUAUUUCUUGGUGGUGCAUAAGUAAUUUCAGAUAUGUGAUAGGAUUUAGUUGCUGCUGUGUAUGUAACUCCGAUGUUUUGUAUAUGCAGGAAAUACCUUUAAUGGGAUGGAUGUUAGAUGUUUUGUGAAACAUCCCAUGUUUUUGUGUUGGGAUAAGAUAGAAUCCUUGCGUUUUUUAGUCAUUACUAUGUUGAAUUUAUUGAAUAGUUAGGAAAUGAAA